GCCCAUUGUUGAGUGUGAGAUUGAUUUGAGCUUCAAAAAUAAUUUUUAGUGUUUUUUCCUGUUAAACAGUUUAUAAAAUAUACUCGAAACUUAACAAUUUUUUAGCGGAAUCUUGUAAUUUCUCUAAACUCUGAAUAACAACAAACAUCAAGAUGACAUACAUUGUAACAGAAAUAGCCAUGGAAAUGAUGGGCUGUAAGUUCUAUGACAUGGACGGUGAUUUUUGUGAAAUUAAUUUUCAAGGUGAGGAUAAUAAACGCAAAGACAAGUCAAAUUUGAUUCUGGAACUUGGGUUAAAGCGUGAUGCACAAGGUAGGCUUGUGAAUGAUUCUGAUAACGAUGACGAACAGCCAACCAAUUCAAAUCAUGGAAAAAAACAAACCCAGGCUGCCAGCAAAUCUGUCAAGCCAACUACAAAAUCCGAAACUGAAAAUAUUAAGAAACUACAAGCAAGCGUUGGGAAAAUGAGCAAAGAAACAUCGCCUUUACAGAUUCCAACUGAAAAAGUUGCUCCUGGAGUGAAGCAACCAAAAGUCGCUUCACAAGGGGCAAUUACUAAAGUUGCAACUGGUAAUGUCAAAGUCAUUAAUGAUUCUAACGGCGGUAUAGAUGUUCAAAUAAUUACAAAAAAGUUUCCAAUACCUGCUUCGACGAGUUUGAUUAAAAAAGAUGCUGUUGGCAAUAUAAAAGUCGGUAAUGCAAACGUACAGAAAACUGAAGUGAAGCCACCAACAGCCGCUUCACAAGGUGCAGUUAAAAUUGAUCCUGGUAGUCUUAAAGUCGCUAAUAGUUCCAACGACAAUGUGAAUGUUCAGAACAUUACAGAACAGUUACCAAUAACAGCUUCAAUAGAUGCGUUUAAUAAAGUUGCUACUGAUAAUGCAAAAGUCGCUAAUGAGGGUAGCGAGGGUAUAAAUGAACAGAAAACUGGAAAAGACCUAUCAAUAGUCGCUUCAAAUGCUACAAUUAAGAAAGUUGUUCCUAUCGAUGCAGAAUCUGUUAAGGAUUCGAAUGAUACUAUGAAGGAAGAGAAAACUGAAGUAAUGCAAAAAACAGUUGCUUUGAAGGACGCAACUAAACAAAUAGCUACUGAACCCAAAAAACAAUACAAGUUAAAAGAGAAUCCAAUCUUAAACGAGCCAGAACAUAUUGAUUUUGAUGCUGAACUUAAUAAUAUGUUACCAGAAGACUUACAUGAAACAAAAUAUUCUGAAUUGAAUUUAUGUACUGAUAAACCUAUGAACGAUACCACUUCACCUGGUAAGAAGGGGCCAUUUAUUUCUGUUAGAUCUGAUUUGGUUGGUCCAAACGGGACACCAGUUUGUAAAAGAUCGAACUCCUUGUUGGAGAAAACAAAUGUUGAAUUUAAGGGAUUUCGGGAUUUUCUUAUAAAACACAAAACUGAUUACAUUAAUAUUAAUGGCAAUAUACAUCAUCGUAUGGGUUUGAUGGGAACUUAUACACCAGAAAGAUUCAUGCAACCACAUUUAGAGUGUGUGGAAAAACAUUUGCAAAAGGAAGUAGAUUUGCUACAAAAAUAUCGGCGUGUGCUGAAAGAUUCUUUGGCAAAGAACAAUCCACUCGAGUACAACAGGAUCUUUACCCGUUACAAUAUCCGCAAGCGUGCGGGAAUUGAAUAAAAACAGUUG